UUUUAUUUAUCCUAAAUAACAAAAAAAGAAUUCUCUUCAUUAACUUUAUAAUAUGGAAGAACUCGAUUUUCAGCUCGUAAAAAGACCAGGUAUUGGUGAUGAAGGAAAACGUAUAAGAGUUCGAGCAAAUUUCUUUGAAGUUACUAGGAUGCAAAGAGAAGAUUUUUCACAUUACGAUGUAACGACAAUACCUAAGGUCCCUCAGCGAUUAAAUAGGAAGGUAUUUGAUCGUUUUGUGGAACAAAAUCGAUAUGGAGUUCUUAGGGAUGCAAGACCGGUAUUUGAUGGAAGAGCGAAUAUGUUUGCACAUAAGCCAUUGCGAUUUGAAUCCGAUAGUUUUGACGUGGAAUUAGAGGAAGAAGGUACGCCCGUGAGUAGGACACGACCACCUCAAAGUUUCAGAAUUAGAAUAAAAAAAACUAGAGAUAUUGUUGUAAGGGAUUUAUUCCAAUUUUUAAAUGCAAGAGGCGAUAUGACAAAUAAUUGCCUAAUGGCAAUAACGGGAAUGGACAUUAUUAUCAGUCACAAGAUUUCUGCAAAAUUUCCUACUGUACGUAGAUCAUUUUAUAAUCCGCAAGUAAAAAAAUCUCUUGGCGGAGGUUUGGAAGCUUACCAGGGGUAUUAUCAAUCAGCACGUCCUACGAUGAGUGGAAGAAUGAUGAUAAAUGUAGACUUAAGUGCUACCGCUUUUUAUGAAAGUGGUCCACUUAUUGAUAUAGUUGUAAAGUUAUUAAAAAAUAUUAGAACCCUCAAUGAACUACGUAGAGGCCUUUCAACAAAUGACCGUCACAAAGUUGAGGAUUUUAUAAGAGGACUUAAAAUAAAGGAUAAUCAUAGAACGGGAACUGGACGAAAAUUUAAGGUUGAAGGUUUAACUCCAACUCCAGCUUCUCACACUACGUUUGAUAGAGGUGACGGUAGCGAAAUCGAUGUAAAAACUUAUUUUCAAAAUGCUUACAAUAUACGCUUAUCAUAUCCAUCUCUUCCUUGCGUUGUCGUGAGAGGAAACGUUUAUCUUCCAAUGGAAGUGUGUGAUAUAGUCCCGGAACAACGAUAUAUGCGAAAAUUGAAUAAAGAACAAACAGAUGUAAUGAUGAACUUUACUCGUCAGAAUCCGUCCAAUCGGGCAAAUAAGAUUCAGGAUGGCCUUAAAUUAUUAAAUUAUCGAGAAAAUGAACACCUUCAACAAUUCGGAAUGAGUAUAUCAGACGAAAUGGCUGUGGUGAACGCUAGGAUUCUUCCCACCCCAACAAUUGAGUACCGCCAAUCAACAAGGCAAUUUCGUGUCGAGCCUAAAAAUGGAGUAUGGAACUUACGAGAUAAAACAUUAGCAAUGGGUGCUACCCUUGGUUCUUGGUCAGUUUUGGCCUUUUUAGAUGAAGAUACUUUACCUAAACCUGUUAUUGAAAAAUUCUUGGUAGAAUUUACUAAUACGUGUCAUAAUACGGGAAUGAAUAUAAUAACUAAGAAACCUCCCAUAAUGCAUGCAAAUCCUCAAGGAAAUAUUGAGCAAUCAUUAAAACUAGCCUGGAUAAAUGCUGGUAAUGCGGCGAAAUCUAAACCACAACUUAUUCUUUGUAUUCUCCCAAGCAAGGGACAAGAGUUAUAUGCUGAAAUUAAACGUGUUAGUGACACAAUUAUCGGUGUCCCAACACAAUGCAUCCAAAGGGAAUACUUGAAAGACCCGAAAGUACAAUAUUGUGCUAAUGUUUGCCUAAAAAUAAAUGUUAAACUUGGAGGAAUGAAUUCAUCCCUACUUUCCAAACAUAUUAAGUUUGUAGAUGAUGAACCCACUAUUUUGAUAGGUGCAGACGUAUCUCAUCCUGCACCUGGUGAUAAAGAAAGUCCAUCUUACGCUGCCCUUUGCGGUUCUAUAGACUCUAAGGCAUCACGUUAUGCAGCGACAAUUAGAGUUCAAACCAGGCGUUACGAAAUAAUAGUAGAUUUGGGAAAUAUGGUUAAAGAAUUGUUAAAAGUGUUUUAUCAGUCUUGUGGACACAAACCCAGAAGAAUUAUAUUUUACCGAGACGGAGUUUCAGAAGGCCAAUUUAAUCAUGUGUUAAAGAAUGAAUUAAAUGCGAUUAGAAGUGCAUGUCAAGCUCUUGGAGCUGAUUAUAAACCAACUAUCACGUUUAUUGUGGUACAGAAGAGGCAUCACACCCGUUUUUUCCCAAUGGAAAAGCAAAAUAGCGAUUUUAAAUCGGGAAAUUGUCUUCCUGGUACCGUUGUCGAAGAGGGUAUUACACAUCCAUUUGAAUUCGAUUUUUAUUUAUUAAGUCACCCUGGAUUAUUGGGGACAUCUCGACCGACCCAUUAUCACGUUUUAUAUGACAAAAACGGAUUUGAUGCAAAUAGCCUACAAACGUUAUCUUAUAAUCUCUGUUAUUUAUAUGUGCGUUGUACGCGUGCAGUAUCUUUGGUGCCUCCGGUAUAUUAUGCUCAUUUAGUUACUAAUAGAGCUAAACUUCACUCAUACAAAGAAUCGAAUGGUGAGAUCACCUCCAAAGUGGUAAAAGAGGAUCUAAAAAAGGUUAUGUACUUUGCGUAGAGACUUCGUUUAUAUAAACAGGAAUCGAAAAGGAAAAAAUAUUAUCAUACAUAUUUUAAAUAAAUUUCUUUUUAAACAAUUUCUUUUAUAUUUUAAUUUUAUAGCAA